GUUGACCAACACGCGUGGUCGAGUGGAUAGCAAAUAUUUAACGGCGCGGAGUUUCAAGUGCUUUUACAUACAUAUUUACUUAGAGUAGUGGUUGUGUUAACACGCGAUACAAAAUUUACUGUUUGUUUGCGCAACGAAGGACCUCCAUAUAAUAUAUAUGUACAAACAAAUUUGCAAAUUCAAUAAAUAAAAUGCAAUUCCACUUCAGCGCCUUUGCACUUGUUGCCCUUUUGUGCAGUCUGGCGCUUUUGUCGGAUUAUAUCCAGAGCGCACACGGCUUAUCUACGGUUGAUUCGGUACGUCGCAAUAGAGGAUUUACAUUUAGUUCGGUUAAUGGCAGCAGUGGUGGUGACAAUGGUGGCCAGUCCAUAGGAUCGCCGAGUGCAACAGUUAUGACACGCCAACUGAUAGUCGGCAGCAUUUCGCCAUUUACUGUUCCGGCCAGCAGCACAUCGUACUGCAUCUGUGUGCCACCCGGUUCAUGCUCGAAUUCAAACAAUGACGGCAGCGGUCAAAUCGACGUACGCAUCGUGAACAAUUUGACGUCUCCCAUUGUUACACCAACCUUUUGCAAUUACGGACUCACACUUUGCUGCCUAGCGGGUUCAUACCAGUGUGGACGCCGCUAUUCACCACCCCCCGGCAGCACACCAGGCGGCGCUGGUCAAGCGCAAUUCGGCGAAUAUCCUUGGGUCGCAGCGCUGCUUACCAACAAUGAGGUUUAUUUGGGCGCCGGAGCGCUAAUCACUGCACAGCAUGUGCUCACGGCCGCGCACAAAGUCUACAAUAUUCCCACUUCAACCUUCAAGGUGCGUGUCGGCGAAUGGGAUGCGGCAAGCACUUCGGAGCCCAUACCAGCGCAAGAUGUGCUCAUCGCAGCCGUUUAUUUGCACCCGAAUUUCAAUUCGGCUAAUUUACAAAAUGAUAUCGCCAUCAUUCAACUCGCUACAGCUGUUUCACUCACCACAAAAUCUACGGUGGGCACUGUCUGCUUGCCGACGACAACUUUUGUGGGUCAAACGUGCUAUGUGGCCGGUUGGGGUAAGAACGAUUUUGGUCCCACAGGCGCUUAUCAGGCUAUAGAACGGGAGGUGGAUGUGCCACUCAUUACGAAUGCGGCGUGUCAGUCAUUGCUGCAGGCCACACGACUCGGACCAUCUUUUCAAUUAAACAAUAGUAGUUUCAUUUGUGCUGGUGGUCAAGCGGGCAAAGAUGCUUGUACGGGUGAUGGCGGUGCACCACUCGUUUGCCAGAGCAACAACAUUUGGUAUGUGGUCGGCUUGGUGGCUUGGGGCAUUGGUUGUGGCCAAGGUGGGGUGCCUGGAGUUUAUGUGAAUGUGGCCACGUAUCUGGCGUGGAUUCAAACAGUUUUAGCUUCUUCGUAAAUUGUUGAAAGUCUUUUGUGAAGGAAGUUUGCGCAUCUGAAGUAUGAGCAAUUUUAUCGCAUGCUUUAAGAUUACACAGAAUACAUAUUUUUUGACGCUUUCUGUGUUUUGGAAAUCAAAUAUUAUACAUAAAUGUAAAUCCUUCUACGUGUG